AUGAGCCUGUACGAAUACAAACAUCCAAUUAUCAACAAGGAGCUGGCGACCGGGCCGGACGCCGCGUCGCGCAAGCAGUUCCCAACGCUGGAGGCGUGGUACGACGUGGUCAACGAUUACGAGUUCCAAGCGCGUUGCCCCAUCAUCUUGAAGAACUCGCAUCGCAACAAACACUUCACGUUCGCGUGCCACCUGAAGUCGUGCCCCUUCAAGGUGCUACUGAGCUACUCAGGCCACAACAAGGACGGGCCAUUUGAGCAGCACGGCGGCCCCGGGGGUGCCGAGCACGAGGUCGGCGGCGAGCACGGCCACGGUCACCCGGGUGCGUCCGCGGGCUCGCCCGGAGCGCACAACGGCGGCCUCAAGGACGAGCACGACGACGUCAGCGCCGCCAUCGCCGCGGCCGUCGCGGCUGUGACCGACGGCAGCAAUGGCAACGCGGCCGGCGGCAACGGCGCUGGCGGUAACGGGCUUGGCGGCCAGGUCGGAGCUGGCCAGGCGCCCGGCAUGGGCGCCCGGUCCGGCUCGGGGUCCGGCCCCGCGUCCGGCUCGCCCUCCGACCACAACGGCUCGGGCGACGACUCGCUGCUCGACCCCGACGACCCACAGCAGAUGUCCUCUGUGCGCGGGCCCUUCACAGUCACAAAAAUCGACCCUUAUCACAACCACCCUCUGGAGUCCAACCUGAGUCUGUCGAAGUUCGUGCUCACCAAGGUGCCACGCAUCCUGCAGAACGACCUCAAGUUCGACUCCAUUCUCGAGUCCCUGUGCAACGACGAGGACAACACCGUCGCCAAAUUCCGCGUCUCGCAAUAUGUCGAGGAAAGCGGGAUCCUGGACAUCCUGAAGGAGCGGUACGGCCUCACAGACCAGGACCUCGACAAGAAGCUGCUGUCCCACAUCGCACGCCGUAUCACUACCUACAAGGCCCGUUUUGUGCUCAAGAAGAAGAAAAACGGCACCUAUGGCGUGCCCUCUAGCUCAAUGUCUGCCGCGGCGGCCGCUGCCGCAGCCAUAAACGCCAACGGCGGUGCGGGCGCCGGUAGCGGGCCCCACGACCAGACCGACGAGCUUGGCGGCAAGAAAAGGGGUUACGGCGCUGGCCACCACCACCACAACGGUGUCAAUGGCGACGUGCCUGGCGACCACGAGGACGAGCUGGAGGGCCGCAAGCGUACUCGCACCAACAAGAUAUCCACCGCGGUAAAGAUGGGCACGCGCUCGUCUUUGGUCAACGACCCAGCUCUCGCGCAGCUUGACGAUGUUAACGACUCCGAGGACAACAAGCCACCUGAGGACCUCGCCGAGCAGCUGCGUCUGCUCAGUUCCCAUCUCAAGGAAGUCGAGCAGCAACAGCAACAACAGCAACAGCAGCAGCAACACCAGGAGCAGCAACACCAUCAACACCACCAGCACCACCAGCACCAGGACGACCACCAACUCCACCAGCACCACCAGCAACACUCACAAAUGGCAGGGCACCACCACUCGCCCGGGAAGGAGGAUAUUCCAGACGAAAAUAUCCAGCCAGAGCUCAGAGGCCAGUAG